UCCUUUCGCGCGUGGAAACGGGCUGGACCUCGGUCGCAGCGCUCGUCGGCUAAGUCUCAGCGGUGCGCUUCGCGACCGGGGUGGUCGCGUCUCACGAGCGACGCGCGUCUCCGCGGGGGUAAUCUCCGGGGUUGCAUCGUGCUCUGCGAGCGCCGAGCGCGGAGUCUUCUCGGAGUCCACGGGUUCGCGUAGCGGGCGAGCGAUCGCGCGGGGCGAAAGCGGCACACUGCGCUGAUACCCACGCGUGUGCGCACGUUCGUGAGCGGUUAAGCGGAAUCAGCCGCGAUGCAGGCGCCUCAGGGAGCGGUCGUCGCGUACGACCCGGCGCAGGUUGAUCCAAACAACAUCAACGGGGCUGCUCCGAGCAACAUGAACGGGGAGCAGUACCUGCGCGCCGCGUACGCCACCUACGACCCGUACGGAUACAGCGGCAUGAUGGCCUACGGUCAGCAGACGAUGGUGGCGCCGCACAUGAUGGGCGGCUUGCAGAGCGCGAGGAUGAUGCUGCCGAGCGAGAUGGAGGAGGAGCCGGUGUACGUCAACGCCAAGCAGUAUCACGGCAUCCUCCGCCGUCGCGCGGCGAGGGCCAAGGCUGAGAGCGAGAACCGCCUGAUCAAGUCGCGUAAGCCCUACCUCCACGAGUCGAGGCACAACCACGCGCAGCGCAGGGUGCGAGGCGCCGGGGGAAGGUUUCUCACCAAGGCUGAACUCGCGGAGCUCGAGAAGAAGAACGGUGACGGGGCUGACGGCGGCGAGGACGGCGGCAAGGCGGGCUCGUCGGACGCGAAGGCUAACGGAAACGGCGACGCCAAGACGGAGACGAAGGCGGCCAAGGGGAAGAAGGGGAAGAAGUGAACCAACAUAUAUGAAGGUGUCACCGAUCGGAUUGAUGAUUCUUUUCCCCGUCGGCUCGCCGCCGUCGAUGUAGAUAUAGGACGUCGUCGGUUGGAUCAGGCGACGACGAAGUUGAGGGGGAGGAUUCGGGAUUGGCUAGUAGAUGGACACUAGUAGCCGGACACUAGCACCACGAGGGUCGGCGCCGUCGCGCAGAGGGCGGCGGGGCGCAUUCGCCCCGGCGCCCCACUCGCGCAGCAGACGCCGACCGUGAAAUACAGACAGAACAGACGUAAUAACC